UCCCUGAUGUGCCGCCCUCAAAUGAGCCAGGGCGGCCAUUUGUUCGGAAACGAGAAGAAACGCGCGGCGCCGGCGGCGACAUGCUUGCGGCCCGCCGACUCCGCUUCCCUUUGGUCUCCGCUGCCACUCGCGCUCUCUCCUCUUCGCUUCUGCCCGACGACCUUGUCCCUCCCGUGGCUCCGACAACCAAAGUCAGACGCGGCGCCGGGAGCGACACCCUCGGGAGGAGACUGCUCAGCCUCAUUUACCCCAAGCGUAGCGCCGUGGUGGUCCUUCGCAAGUGGGCGGAGGAGGGCAAGACCAUUCAAAAGUACCAGCUCAACCGCGUCGUCCGCGAACUACGCAAAUACAAGCGCUACAAGCACGCCCUCGAAAUAUGUGAGUGGAUGACAACCCAACAACAAAUUAAGCUUCUUCCUGGCGAUUAUGCUGUCCAUUUGGACUUAGUUUCAAAGGUUCGCGGUCUGGCUAGUGCCCAGAAGUUUUUUGAAGAUCUUCCUAUUAGGAUGAAGGGGCAAUCUACCUGCACUGCUCUCCUUCAUACUUAUGUCCAGCAUGAAUUGUUGGAUAAGGCUGAAUCUCUAAUGGAAGAAAUGUCGUCUCAUGGUUUACUUAGAUGCUCUCUUCCAUUUAACCAUAUGUUGACACUCUACAUAUCGAAGGGUGAAAUGAGUAAGAUACCGAAUUUACUCAAGGAUCUGAAAAAAUAUGCAUCUCCUGAUGAAAUCACCUACAAUUUAUGGUUAAGUGCUUUUGCCAAGAAAGUGGAUGUCACUGGAGCAGAAAAGGUUCUUCAUCAGAUGAGUAAAGACAAGAUAGGGCCUGGCUGGGUGACAUACAGCAUAUUAGCUAACAUGUAUGUUAAAGCAGUUUGUCAUGACAAAGCACGAGAAGCUUUGGCGGAGAUGGAGAAACGGGUCUUCAGAAAAGACCGCGAAGCCUAUUGCUCCCUUAUUAGUCUUCAUGCAAGCCUAUCGGAUAAAGACAAUGUUUACAGAAUGUGGAGGAAAAUUAAAGCAACAUUUAGGAAGAUGAGUGACACUGAGUAUAAGUGCAUGCUUUCAUCCUUAACAAAGUUAGGCGACAUUGACGAAGCUGAGAGGAUCUACAGUGAGUGGGAGACGAUGUCUGAUACUCGAGAUUCAAGGGUUCCAAACAUCCUCCUUGGUUAUUAUAUCACGAAUGAUAUGUUCGAAAGGGCUGAGAAGUUUCUCUCACAGAUACUGGAAAAGGGUGUUAAGCCGAGCUACACUACAUGGGAGUUAUUUGCUUGGGGUAACUUGGACAAAAACAGAAUGGCCAAGGUGUUGGAUUGCUUAAGGAAAGCUUUGUCAAGCUUGGAGAAGUGGGAACCCAAUGUUAAACUAGUUAAAGCAGUCUUCUCCAAGAUCGAAGAGACAGGCAACAUCGAAGAUGCAGAGAAUUUCUUGGUUAUUCUCCGCCGUGCAGGAUACGUGACAACUGAGAUCUACAACUCAUUGCUUCGCACUUAUGAGAAAGCUGGCAGGAUGCCGCUGAUAGUUGCAGAACGCAUGGAGAAGGACAAUGUGGUGAUGGAUGAAAACACUCGACAUUUGCUGAGAUUAACAAGCAAGCUUUGUAUAGGUGAAGUUUCAGCAUUGAUUUCUUGAAGAACUUUUUUAACUGUUGCUCCAUUGGAUUUGUUUUACUCAAAAGGCCAAGGUAUUCAUUUGUUGAAGAACUAUUUUUGUUGUUGUUGUAUUGCACUUUAUUUUACUCAAAAGACCAAGAAAGCUAGAAAAAAAAAAUGUAAUGAUAAUGUUAUUAAAAUAUUUGAUUACUUCAAAAUAA